GCUCUCUGCUUGGCCCGACAUGGGGAGGGCGCCGAGGGGUGUGUGGAACAUGGCGCUUCUGGGGCUGGCCGUCGCGGUGGUUCUCGCGGUGGCCGCCGAGGCACGGUCCUUGGAGAAGCAAAGCUUGUGCGGUGGCGGGUGUGGGCUUGGUGGCGGAGGAGGGUACGGCGGCGGCGGCGGUGUUGGGCUUGGUGGUGGCCUUGGGCACGGUGGAGGGCUUGGAGUUGGGUUCGGAGGAGGGAAAGGUGGUGGGUUCGGCGGGGGUGCAGGCGGUGGAAGCGGCCUCGGGGGUGGGGGUGGUUUAGGUGGUGGCUCCGGUGGAGGCGGAGGGCUUGGUGGUGGUUAUGGUGGCGGUGCCGGUGGAGGAGCUGGUGGCGGCUCCGGAGGAGGCGGAGGGCUUGGUGGCGGUUCCGGGGGAGGUGGUGGACUUGGUGGAGGAGGAGGAGCUGGGGCUGGUGGUGGAUACGGCGGAGGAGCCGGUGGAGGCACUGGCGGCGGGUACGGUGGAGGCGCCGGUUCUGGAGGUGGUGCCGGAGGCGGCUAUGGCGGAGGUGCCGGUGCAGGAGGCGGCUAUGGCGGCGGUUCCGGAGCAGGAGGCGGCUAUGGCGGAGGAGCUGGUGGAGGCAGUGGCGGUGGAUAUGGCGGAGGUGCAGGCUCAGGAGGCGGCGCGGGUGCAGGAGGCGGCUACGGUGGAGGAGCUGGCGGUGGCUACGGCGGCGGUGCAGGCGGUGGCGAAGGUGGAGGCUACGGUGGCGGUGCUGGCACUGGUGGCGGCUUUGGCUCUGGCGGCGGUGGAGGCUAUGGCGGUGGUGCCGGGGGUGGCAUCGGCGGCCGUGUCUGAUUCAGCCUCUGACAUGCAUGGCGAGCGCAUGCACCAGUGUUGUACGCGGUCAGGUGUGGAGUCAAGCAUGUCGUCGCUGCUAUACGUUAGUCUAUACUCUAUACCGAUCACACUCUCUGCGAGAUGACGGUAAUAAAUAGAAAAAUAACGUUGCAACUUGUUUAGUCGACCGUAAUUGUACAACGGUUUAUACGGUAUACACACACACACACACACUGUUAGCGGCAAGGUGAACGGAUCGCAUCGCAUUUGUACUGUCCUCUUUGUAUUGUAUUUCGUCGGAAUAAACAAAUUACCAUGAGCUAGUACAUGGAUUUCUUGCU